AUGCAAACGAGCCGGGCUCCGGCCAUCAGCGUGAGUGCAGAGAGCUGCAUCCCAGCUGGACUGCGUCUGGGUCCUGUGCCGGGCAUCUUCAAACUGGGCAAGUACCUGUCAGACCGCAGGGAGCCAGGACCCAAAAAAAAGGUGCGGAUGGUGAGAGGGGAAUUAGUGGACGAAGCCGGGAGCUCAGCUCUGGAGUGGAUAGGGUUAAUCCGGGCUGCCCGCAACUCCCAAGAGCAGACCCUGGAAGCUGUGGCGGAUCUGCCAGGAGGACAGAUUUUCUACCGAGCGCUGCGGGAUGUCCAGCCGGGAGAGGAGCUCACCGUGUGGUACUCCAACCCGCUGGCCCAGUGGUUUGACAUCCCCAUCACCGCCACUCCGACGCACGACGAGAAAGGAGAGGAGCGGUACAUCUGCUGGUACUGCUGGAGGACCUUCAAGUACCCCAACAGCCUCAAGGCGCACGUCCACUUCCACUGCGCGCUGAGCCACGGCCGGCCCUUCCUGCAUCACGACCACGGCCGCCCCGCCGAGGCCUUCGGGCUCGCCGCCAAGGCGGCCGCCGAGCUGCCGGGCGCCGCCGCGGCGCUGCGGGGCCCCCCGGCGCUGCCGCCGGGCUGCGGCCCGCGGGAGCCCGUCAAGCGGGAGGCCGCCGCCGCCUCCCCGCCGCUCGCCAAGCCGGGGGCGGCGCGCAAGGCGGCGGGCAAGGAGGAGCAGGAGCGCGCCUUGGACAUGAGCGUGGGCUCGGCGCGGAGCCAGGCGCCGCUGCUGGGGCUGGCGGGCGGCUCGACGGGCGGCAACGGCCUGGCUUUCUACCCCGGGGCGCGCUCGGCCUUCCGCCCCGCCGGGCCGCUCCGCCAGGAGGCCAAGGGCGCCGCCGCGCCAGCCUUCGCCAAGCUGCUGGGGGGGCUGAAGGCGGGCCGCGCCGCCGAGGCGCAGCCCAAGUGCGCGGCGCUGCCGGGCGAGGCGCCCCCGACGGCGGCGGCGGCGGGGCUGCCGUGCGGCGGCGGGCUGCGGGCGCUGCCGCUGCUCUCGCCGCUGGAGGAGGCCUCGGCUUUCCGGCACGUGGAGCGGGGGCUGCCGGCGGCGGCGCUGCCGCCCGGCCGCUACCCGCCGCUGCCCGGCGGCGGCCUGGAGCGCUUCGCCCUGCCGCCCUUCGAGGGCCUCAAGGCGUACGCGGGCGAGUGCGGCCUGCCGGUGAUGCCGCUCACCGUGUACAACGGGGAGCUGCUCUACAGCGCCGCGCCCUACUACCCGCUCAAGCUGCACUUCGGCGGCCUCCUCAAGUACCCCGAGUCGGUGUCCUACUUCGGCGGGCCGGCGGCGGCGGGGCUGCACGGCGCCGAGCUGGGCUCGCUGGCCAGCAUCGACCGGGAGAUCGCCAUGCACACGCAGCAGCUCUCCGAGCUGGCGGCCGAGAAGGGCCGCGGGCGGCUGGAGGCGCUGCCGCCCGGGGCGGCGGGGGCGGCGGGCGGCAAGCCCAAGACGGGGCACUUGUGCCUCUACUGCGGCAAGCUCUACUCCCGCAAGUACGGGCUGAAGAUCCACAUGCGGACUCACACGGGCUACAAGCCGCUCAAGUGCAAGGUGUGCCUGCGGCCCUUCGGGGACCCCAGCAACCUCAACAAGCACAUCCGCCUGCACGCCGAGGGCAACACGCCCUACCGCUGCGAGUACUGCGGCAAGGUGCUGGUGCGGCGCCGCGACCUGGAGCGGCACGUCAAGUCGCGGCACCCGGGCCAGAGCCUCGGCAAGGCGGCCGAGGACAAAAGUGACUCUGCCUACGCGCACGGCGAGCAGGAGCAAAAGACUGACAACGAGAGCGACGUGGACGUCUGCUUCACGGACGAUCAGAGCGACGCCGAGACGAGCGGCAGGAGCCGCGAGCAGUAA